AUGGCUGGAAGAGUUCGGAAUCUACCGCACAUUGACGGAAAUUUCCAUACUUUGGUCUACAUCAAAGAUCAGCAUCUGCGCAAAGAAGAGAAUGUACAACAGUUGUUGCGCAAGAAUGACGAGUUUAGCCAACCUGUCGACUCUGACAAUACGGAAGAUUCAUUUUCGGACUCAGAUGUAAACAGUGGACAGAAUGGCGGGAAGUUUGACCAUAACUACGCCCAUCUGUCGCUCUGCAAGCCUCUCUAUCUCAGGAAGCAAUUCAUUGAUCCAUUCCUGACCAAGCUGAAACAGCAAUUAUCGCAUAUAAAACCGUUCUAUCUGAUGCUCGAUAAAAGAAUUGCAAUUUGUGCAAAUGAAGCUAAAAACCGCUUCUUUGCAGUCCUGCCAGUCGAUGGAAUGUGUAGAGAUCAGAGCAUUUUACCAAUUAUAGACAUUGUAGACAAUGUUGUGGAGUCGUUUGGAUUCCAAAGAUAUUAUACUCAAAGACUGCCACACGUAUCUGUCGCUUCAACUGGAGAUAUUUCACAUGCAAUGGAGAAAUUGUAUAGUGAAGAGGGUAAUCGAGAUGAUCAUUCUACACAUCACUGGAAUAAUGUAGAAGAAUAUCUAGGGAACUGUAACGCAACACAUUGUAUAAAUUUGGGCAUUGACGAAGCAAGAGCCCAUGUAGACUAUACAUUUAAUAUGCAAGAGAGUCUUGCGGAUAGUAUAAAGGAGGAUUUAGAGGACAAAAUUUACAUUUAUGUGGACGAAAUUCAUGUGUUAGUAGGGGCAAGAGACACUCUUGUUAAGCUGGCGAUCUAA